AUGAAGCUCCUCCCAGUCCUCUCAUCCUUUCUGACGCUCACCAGCGCCUUGCCAAUCAACACCAACAGCAGCGAACCACGCGUGAAAAGAGCCGGACCAGAAAUCGCCGACUCCGCCGAGCCCUAUUGCUGGAAAACAUCCCCCAAUGAACCCACCAUAGCAUGUCCCAAUGGCGUCAAAACGGUUUUCUCGUUGAGAUGUUUCACGCUGAACGCACUUUAUUGGAAUGGAAAUGAGGAUAACCGGUCCUGGAAGUAUUUCAAGUGUCCCGGUUUGGUCCCAGGGUGGUAG